AGCAGAUUUAAGUUGGUCAUAUCGGAGAACGGCAACGAUCGAGCAAAAGAAACAUGAGCCUUCUUCGGAAGAUCCAGCGCAAGGUCGAGUUGCACCAAGGAAGCGAUGACAUUCCGCCCAAUCGAUGGCAAAAUCGAGAUCUGAUUCCACUUCCACCUUCCCGGCGACAGUGGAAAGAUCUUGACUUUAUUGGACUCUGGAGCACGGUCUUUCUGACCAUCUAUGGGUGGCAAGCAACUGCUUCUGUGCUCUCCUUUGGCCUGAAUGUCUGGCAGUCCAUAAUCUGCACGAUUAUCGCGCGGAUAAUUCAGCUUGCUGUUGUCCUCAGCCUGGGCUGGAUGGGCGGUGUAUGGCACAUUGGUUAUACCGUUCAAUCGAGAUUCGCGUUCGGUGUCUGGGGGUCAUAUGUGCCCAUAUUGAUCCGCGUGGGAGUGACUUGUGUCUGGUAUGGUAUCCAAAGCUUUACCGGCGGCCUGCUUGUCAGCACAAUCCUCUCAACCAUAUUUCCGUCCUACCAGCACAUGAAGAAUACGCUUCCAGCAUCAGCGUCGAUGACGACGAAGCAAUUCGUCGGGUUUGUUCUGUACAACAUCAUUGCUAUUCCCAUGUUGUACUUCCCACCUGACAGGCUACGCGUACCCCUCAAGAUCUCACUUGGGGUGAGUGCUUGCACGAUUUUUGGGCUGUUCAUCGGCUUAAUGGCCGCCGCGCACGGAGUGGGCGACUACGUAUCGACCAAGUCCACAGCCAGGGCAGGCUCCGAGCUGGGUUGGGCAUUUGUCCACGGCAUCACUGCUCUUGUGGGCGGGAACGCGGUGGGGAUGACCAGCCAGACCGACUUCUCAAGGUUCGCUCGGCGACCGAGAGACCAGGUGCUAGGUCAGUCGUUCGGAGAACUGUUCUUUGGCAUCGUGGUGCCCGUAUUUGGCGUGCUCGGCACGUCUGCCGCCGGCAAGAUGUACGGAGACGUCAACGAGCUGGGCUUGUGGAAUCCGCCCAACAUUGUGCAGCUGUGGCUGGACACCGACUACCAUAACCCGAAGUUGCGUGCGGCGGCAUUCUUCACCGCCCUCGGGCUUUUGGCAAACAUCCUGGCCCUAAACUCAGUCGAGAACGGUGUCUCUGGUGGCAUGGACUUUGCCGGCCUUUGUCCCAAAUAUAUCAACAUUCGUCGUGGAUCCUACCUCAUCGCCAUCAUCUCGAUACUGUUGAACCCGUGGCAGAUCUUGGCAAAAGCCUCUACUUUCACUGCGGCACUCAGCAGUUUCGGAGUCAUCCUGGGUCCAAUGAUGGGCGUCUUCACGUCCGAGUACUAUAUGGUCCGCAAGCGAAGAGUCAAGCUUAGCGACUUGUAUCACUGCGACCCCAAAGGGUUAUACUACUUUUGGCGAGGCAUCAACGUUCGUGCCUAUGUCUCGGCGGCGGUGGGAAUCGCCCCUUUCAUCGGUGGGAUGGCAUCGGUGAACCCGAGCAACAGUAUUCCGGUUGGGCUGACGCGAACAUUCUACCUUGGUUUCAUCGCCGGCUACAUCAUUUCUUUCCUCACUCAGUGGGGAUUGAGUGUGCUCUUUCCCCCGGCCGGACUAGGGGAGGUCGAUCAGUAUGAUACGUUUGGCACUUUCACGCCAGAAGAAGCUCAGAAACUCGGUAUUCAGACAAGCCCAGAAGCCGAAGAUUCUACACUAGAGCACAUAGAUAUCGAGGAGCUUGAUAAGGAAGAUCGAGAAAGGUGAACGUUAAUAGGACUGAGUUUAUCUUUGUCACUUGUAGUUAGUCAAUCUAAUUCUC